GUUAACCAAUGAGGAAGUCGCAUACCGGGGGAGGGUCUGCACCUCCACCAAUGAGAGACCUGCGCCUCCUGCAUUGUUUCGGUGCGCGGACGCGUGCGUACCGGGCACUUGUGGACAGUGACUCGCCUGACUUGUUGGAGGAAGAUUGACUGCACAGUAAUGAGACAUUGAUUCACAAUUGGCUGGUUGUUUUGUGCAAGUAGUUGACACAGAGGUCGUCCGCCUGUCACUGUAGCACUUACGUUAUCCAGAGUUCAAGAUGAUCGAGAGCCGAGAAUGGGUGUUCCGCGUUACCUGUCAAGUAGCGCCAGAGGAGCAGGUGUGUGUGGUAGGGAAUUGCGAUUCUUUGGGUAUGUGGGACUCUCAGCGGAUGGUCCCCCUCUACCCAGAAGACUCGGUCGACAGUGAAGAGGUCAUAUGGUCGACUCCAAUUCAGAUUCCCUUCGUUGGGGUGGAGUACCGUUACUGCGUGUGCAUCAUCCUGGAAGCCAAGCCCGGUCUAUAUGAUCGUACCAUGGUUGUCAGACGCUGGGAGACCAAUUUGUGGCCCAGGAAAGUUCCAGAUGGAGAAAAUUCCGUAGAUGAGCCACAAGUGGAUCGUUUUGGCUCUUUUGGAGGGUUUGAGCGAGUGGACCAGGGGUGGCUGGUGAAGGAGUCCGUGGUCCAGCUCUUUGACUCUGUAAUUCCAACCUCUACAAUGACCCUGUGAUGCUGUUUAAGAGGAAGUACCAGAACAAGAAGGUGUGAGUGAAAGUGACGCCUCUAGACCUGGACCACAACAGCCCCCUUGAGCCUCACAUGGGGGGAGUGGAUGAGAGCACCGACUUUGACCUGUCCAACCUACGGAUAAACACCAAACCUGUCUGGCCCAUCACAGAAGUCGCCGUCAUGAAGGAGGGUCUCUGCAAGUUCCUGCCACAAGAACAGUUUGGCGUCGUGUGCAACAACGGGGACUACACGAUCUUCCAGUGCCAAAUGCUCAAACCACAGACCAUAGUUUUCCUGCUUGACUUCUACAUUGAGGGAUCCAGUGAGGAGAUCCCCAAGCACCUGGGAUGUUCCUAUAUAUUGCCCUCGAACUUGAAGGAGAACUAUGGUGUUGCAACACUUCCCAUCACCUCCCCAAAGCACAUCCCAGUCGGACAGCUGACAGUUCACUACAUGGUGGUUAACCCUCUGGAGUACGGAGGGGACAUGAGUGUGUCUUACGCACGCCACUGGAAGGACAGCUGGAAGGGACUGGAGGUUGGUCAUCGUGGUGCUGGCAACUCUUACCAUUCAGAGCCAAAGAGCUGCGCGAAUAUCAGAGAAAACACCGUCGCUUCCCUCAAGUACGCGGCAGAGAAGGGAGCGGAUAUGGUGGAGUUUGACGUUCAGCUGAGCAAGGACCUGGUGCCUGUUAUCUACCACGACUUCCAUGCCUGUAUCGCCCUCAAGCGCAAGAAGGAACAGGACAAGACGGACCUUCUCGAGAUCCCCAUCAAGGACCUGACGCUCUCUCAGCUGCAGGCGCUUAAGGAUCUGAGUCAUCUCAAAGAAGGCAGGCCGUCCGACAUCCUCUCUUACUGUGAUCGUGAAGACAUGGUGUACCACAAGAAGGAGCAAGGACUGAGCAGGUUCCGGGAUGAGGAAUUUGAGGACCACCAGCCAUUCCCCACAUUACAGCGCGCCCUGGAGAGCGUUCCAUACACGUGCGGGUUUAACGUGGAGGUGAAGUGGACGAUGCAGACAAGGGACGGCACAUUUGAGCUUCAGCAUCCCUUUGAAUUGAACCACUUCAUGGAUCUCAUUAUUAAGAUGAUUCUGGAGUAUGCUGGAAAGAGAAAAAUUGUAUUCUCUUGUUUCCAUCCUGACAUUUGCACGAUGCUACGCCUCAAGCAGAACCGAUACCCCGUCAUGUUCCUCACUCAAGGGAUAUCAGAAGUGUGGCCACCCUACGAGGACCAGCGCACAACCACGAUCCCUCAUGCUGUUUUGUAUGCUGUUAAUGCUGAUAUUCUGGGCAUUAACGUACACACGGAGGAUUUGAUGCGUGACCCCAGCCAGCUCAAGAUGGCACUGGAUCACAACUUGAUUGUGUUCUGUUGGGGUGAUGACAACAAUGACCAAGAGAACAUAAAAUUCCUCAAGAAAGUUGGACUCCAUGGUAUAAUCUAUGACAAAAUUGAUGAAUACAACACCAAGGAGAAGAAGGAAAGCAUCUUCCUGUGUGAAGAACGAGAAGCAACGAUGUCCACAGAACAGUCAGAUGGCACACCUGUCACAAAUAACAAUGCCAACGUUGCUCCUGGGCCCUCUGGCCUGGCCACCUUCACUGAUAUGGCCAUCCCUGCCACAAAUGGAAAGGCUUUCAAGUUGCCAAACCCUUUGAGUAUGACAAAGAGCACAAAUGUUGGGUGUACCAACAGUGACCAUAGUCAGUGCUGUAAACCUAUCUCAUUUAGCGGUAUUUUUACAAAGUGAAGUAAGAAUGGAUCUGUGAAAUGAUGUAACAUUUUGUGAUAUUGGAAGUGCAACUGAGAAUGUACUUUGGAUAAGUAAUUUAGAUUGCUAAGUAAAUCAAGUUUGAAAUAUAUUGUUUGAGUUGUGAUUUAAACACUUUAGUCUUCUGUUAUGCAAAUGUUUGUUAUCUUCUAUUUUUAUACAUUAAUUUUAGUGAUGGUAAAAUUUGUUAAAUGUAACAAAUCUACAUUGUUUUCUGCACAUGUAUAUUAUUGAAUCCAUAUAAGGUAUUGAUGGGGAUGAUUGCUAAUUGGACUACAGGAGUGCUUUGAUUUACAAAAGGGUAAGUUCCUGAAAAACCUUUUGUAAAUAAAUAUUUCAUAAAUUGAA